AUGUCGUCCGAUGAAUCUAGUAGACCUGAAUCGUCGGCAAGUCCUAAAAAACAAACUUUCAAAUGCAGAAUAUGCAAGAAGUUUUUAGCAACAGCUAGUAAACUAUCAAACAACUUGAGAAGGACAUUCACGCUGGCGCAAAAUGUUAUCCUUGUAAGCAAUGCGACUGUGAGCUACAGAGAAGCUAAUUUAAAACGACACUUGCUGUCUCAUACCAAGGAAAAACCUUACAAGUGCUCGGUUUGUUCAUUUUCAUGCUCACUUGAACAAAAUUUAAAACAACAUAUGCUUGCUAAACACUCAGAAGAACGUCCAAGUCAUGAAUGCUCGCAUCCUGAUUGCAAUUUUACUACUCCAAAUUUGAGUACCUUGAAGACUCACAUGCAUAUUCAUACCGGUGAGAAGCCGUUUAAGUGCUCUCAUUGUGACUUCAGGAGCAGAACUUCGAAGAAUAUCAAGAUUCAUGAAAGGACUCACGCCAAGGAACGUCCGUUUAAAUGCUCGUAA